AUAAUUGGGUCGGCUUUUCUUCAAUAUUCAAAUCAAAUUCAUAAUUUCAAAAUUUCGGAUUUUGAAUGUCAUUGAAACUAACUGAUAAUAAUGAUAAUAAAUUAUUAGAUAAACAAUUCAAUAAGUAUUUAAUGUAAACAAAGCAAAACUAUGAAAUAACAAAAUCCUUUCAUAUCUAAAUAAAAUUGGUUCCAAAGUGCACUUUAUAGGUAAAUUGGUUUACAAACGUAAACAAAUUUAACACAGUAUUAAAAGUUUGUGAUAACUAGUGAAAUGAAAGUAUUAAAAGAAUGGUUUAUAAAUGCCAAAUGGGGAAAAAUAGCAUUGAUCCAUGGUUACAGUGAUAUCAUGGGGUAACCCGGACGGCGAACCGGUGUUAUUGGUGCAUGGCCGCCAGGAUAGUGCAGCAACCUUCCUGCCACUCCUGGAGCUGAUGCCUGCUGACUGCCACUAUGUGGGGCUCGACCUGCCUGGGCAUGGCAUGUCUGAUGCAUUUCCCAUAGGUGUGGCAGUGACACGCUUCAUCAACGUAGCAGCGUUGGACGCAGUGAUCCAACACUUAGGGUGGGCCGACUUCACUUACAUUGCCCACUCUAUGGGCGCUGAGAUAGGUCUCUUCUACCAUGCCAUAUAUCCGAAUCAAAUAAAAAAAUUCAUACUUCUGGACCCAGAACCGGCUCUGCAACGCAUAAUGAUAGACAACUACUCCACCUUCUACUCCUACUACAACAAUUACUACGAGAAGUAUGGGGAGUACAACAGUGGCCGUGUUUACAGCAAGGCCGCAGCCCUGGAGGCCGUGAUGAAGGCCCGGGGCAUGAACGAAGGGCAGGCCGAGGUGAUAUUGUCGAGGAACUUGAAGAGGAUCGGAGAUGAUUUAUACAGUUUGUCCUGGGAUAAAAGAUUAAGACUGAUGCCACCAACAAACUACCCUCUAGAUUAUUAUUAUCAAAUAUUUUCCAAAAACACUCCCCCCACAUUGAGUAUCCACGCUAAAGACACACACGACUUCUAUCCAGCGGGAAAGGAAAAUGCAAGGAAACUGUUCGCAGAUUUGGAGAAAAAAUGGAAAAAUUUCACAAUUUUGAGGGUAGACGGAAAUCAUGAUGUACACUUUUUGCAUCCAGAGAGAAUUAGCGGUUUUGUGUGUACGUUCAUGAAGAAAGAAUUCGCUCGAUCAAAAUUAUAGGUAACAUUUUUUUUAAUUAAUAGUAUUAAAUUAUUGUUUUACGAAAAAAUAUAAACUACAGGUAAAGUUGGUAAUUCUGAUACAUUUAAAUAUUUUUUUUUUAAAUGUCAGGUAUUAUAAAUACAAGGGAUUUUCUUUACAAUUUAAUUGGUUUAUGGAUGUUAUUGUAAAUAAAUUAUGAUUUUCUAUAUAUUUUUUCUGUAUUAAAAUAUUUUCUAAA